AUGUCUGCAGCCGUCGCUCCGCAGCACCGGCCCGGCGCUUCAGAUUGCGCGCCUCGACGAAGACCUCGCGAGCCCGACUGGAAUUCUUUUUACAAAAAUGGCCUGCCAAAAGAGGUCAUUGUGAUUGAGGACUCGCCCGAUCCUGCACCUAGCCAUGCUCCCACCAGAGCAGUGCUGCCGGAUCCGGCCGCCGAGAAUGGCCUCUCGAGCGCGAGAAAGCGAAAAGCACCUGAGCGUUCGGACGUCGGCUCGGUCGGCAACAUCACCACGAAUGGUUCAAGCAUAUACUCAAGCCAUUCCGAGUCAAUCCUGAGUCGGAAAAGACGAAGGGUUGGCGACCCUCCUGACAGCACUCCUAGCUCCAGUCUGAGUGCCGCGUCUGUCAAAAGACCAAAAUACGACGAAUACAAACCACCACGUCUUCCGACUCAAAGAGUUUUGACCGCCGAUAUUCGAGUUGUUCACGACGAGAGAAGCCACGGUAGCGCCGCCUCUGUUGACGACGAGGACGGGCACUUUAUCAUCAUUCCCGAGCAGCGUGUCGGACGGCAAUAUCGAAUCGAGAAACUUCUCGGGCAAGGCACGUUCGGCAAGGUUGUCAAGGCCUACGACAUGGUUCGACAAGAGCACGUUGCCUUGAAAAUUAUUCGGUCGAUACAAAAAUACCGAGACGCCGCGAGAAUCGAACUCCGAGUAUUACAGACCCUACGAAAAAAUGACCCGACGAACCGAUAUAGAUGCAUUCAUCCCCGAGAUAGUUUUGACUACAAGGGUCAUAUUUGCAUCACCAUGGGCUUGCUGGACUCGAGCAUAUUCGAUUUCCUCAAGUCGAAUAGCUUUGCCCCCUUUCCCAACAGCCACAUUCAAAACAUGGCCCAUCAGCUGCUCACUAGCGUUGCUUUUUUGCAUGAUCUCAAGCUUGUCCACACAGACUUGAAACCCGAAAAUAUCCUUCUUCACGACGGCGCAUAUCAAGCUUUUACAUAUAACCGCAAUAUCCCUUCAGUCUCCACAGCAACUUGUCGCCAAGUAAAACAAAGACGUGUCCUCCUGAAGCCGGACAUCUGCCUCAUUGACUUUGGCUCUGCAACAUUCGAAGACGAGUACCAUAGUUCGGUUGUCUCGACUCGACACUACAGAGCCCCAGAGGUCAUUCUUGGCCUAGAUUGGUCGUACCCUUGCGAUAUCUGGAGUAUUGGGUGCAUUUUGGUUGAGCUGUUCACGGGCGAUGCUUUGUUCCAAACACAUGAGAAUAGAGAACACCUUGCCAUGAUGGAAGCUGUUUGCGGGCGUCCCAUUGACCGAGGCUUGGUGCAAAGAGCAAACAAAGCUUUCAAGACAGCCAAGCCCGGAACCAUCAAUUAUUUCAAGCGUCUGAAGCUUGAGUAUCCGAUAACAGAGACGACCAGAGCAUCUAGACGAUUUGUGAAUAAUAUGAAGAAGCUGGAGAACAUCAUACCACCAACAAAUCCAUUCUUAUCCAAUUUCUUGGAUCUGCUGCGCAAGAUGUUUGCAUUUGACCCAAACAAUCGAAUCACAGCAAGGGAAGCGCUUCGGCACCCUUGGUUCCAGGAAAGCACCCGCGAUGACGGUACCGAGGCGGCAAGGCUGCAUGCUGAGCGUGUCUCUGCUAUAAGAUGA